CGGGGCGGGGCGGAGCGGAGCGGAGCGGGCGGGGCCGCCCGGUGCCUGUGUGGGGAAGGAGACGCGCGGCCGGGGCUGGGCCUUGGCCUGGGCCUGGGCAGGGGGAGCGGUGGCGGCGUCUGAUACCGCCCGGCGGCGCCAUGUCGGCCCCCCCGAGGAGCUACAACCCCUUCGCCGAGGAGGAUGAGGAGGUUGCGGAGGAGGAGGCGGGCGGCGCCGAGCGGCAGCGCUACCUGCAGCGGGAGGUCCUGCGGCGCUCCGCCGCCACCGCCGACAGCACCGCCCGCUCCCUGUCGCUCCUCUACGAGUCGGAGCGGAUCGGCGUGGCCGCCUCCGAGGAGCUUGUACGUCAAGGAGAGUCACUGAAGCGCACAGAACAGAUGGUAGAUAAAAUGGACCAGGACUUGAAGACCAGUCAAAGACACAUAAAUAGCAUUAAGAGUGUUUUUGGGGGCCUGGUUAACUACUUCAAACCCAAACCUCCAGAGAGCAAGCCAGAGCAGAAUGGCACUCCUGAAUAUUAUGCUAACAGUAGAUUAAAAGAAGCAAUGAUGUCUAGUAAAGAACAAGAGUCAAAAUACCAGGAAAGUCAUCCGAAUUUAAGGCGGCUAGAUAAUUCAGACAGUGAUUUCAGCAACAUAGAUUUAGUUACUUCAGUGCAACGGGAUGCCUAUCCAAAGAAUCAACAUCUGCGAGCUUACCACCAGAAAAUUGAUAACAACUUAGAUGAGAUGUCUUCUGGGUUGAGUCGUCUGAAAAACCUAGCUCUUGGUCUGCAGACAGAAAUAGAGGAGCAAGAUGAUAUGCUGGAUCGGCUAACCAAAAAAGUAGAGACACUGGAUGUCAAUAUUAAAAGCACUGAUAAAAAAAUCCGACAACUUUAAAGAGCUUAUAGAAAUUUUUGUCCAGCAUUAGUUCUUCUUGGAUGUCUUAUCUCAACAGAUCUCUUAAAAAAAAAUCUUGGACAAUAUCUAUUAAUUUUUUUCUGGUAUGUUAUUGAUUUUGUUGCCAUUAAAAUUGCAUAACCUUAAGUGCAGCAUAAUACCUAAGUUUCUUUAUAAUGUACAUAGGAAAAGCGCACACUGAGUAAAAUCUCUCAGCACUCUGUUAAUUCUUUUGUGCUGGAUACCUUUCUCAAUUGCAUUACUGUGUGUUGUGUGCGUGAAGAAUUCGGAGUCUACAAAGCUUCAGUGUCCUUGGCCUGAAAGCUGUGAUGAGAAAAGUAACUACAUUUUGCCUCUGUUUUGGGGAGGGGUCAGGGGGAACAGAAUGUACUUCUUUGUUCAGAGCAAAUGUUGCUAAUUCUGUUUACCUACAGCUAUUUAAAAUUCUGAAAGAAUGCCGAUUUCCAGCUGUAAAAAUAAUUGUGACUGUCCUCUGGCAUUUCUGGGGCUUAAGGAACAAACUGUUCUAUGGAAGUUGUAAAUUGUUAACUAUCAAGGGUGUCAUGCAGGAAUGAUAAAAUCCUCUGCUUUUUCCCUUUCCAAAGACAACUUUUCCCAAGAGGUGGAUGAACAGUGGUGGUUAUGACUGAGUCAGUGAAUGCCAUCACCUUUACGCUGUUAUCAGUAAAGAUCUACAGGGGUAUAUUAUGGUUUACACAAAAUCUUGAUUGACUGACAGAAACCCAAAAGGUUUGGGUAAUAUAUUGUCAUCAUCUGAUUUUUUUUUCUGCCCUUUCUCAGCUUAUUCAGGUAGGUGGUUAUUUGAAAGUAGUUUCCAUUUUAGAAAUGAAGAAUUGAUCUAAUACUGUGUGAACAGAUCAUAGAUCAUUCCUUAACUUAACAUUUAGUUCAAAUAAAGGUGAUUAGGGAGCGAGUAGAUGCUGUGUCUUCCUUGAUAAUGUGACUGGUUUUAAGAUGCACAACUAUGAUUCGCAUACUCCUACGUUGGCUUAGCAGGUAUAAAAAGCUUCUGCAGAUUAAGAAAGGUUUAAAAAGUUUGAGUCUUCCAGAUAAAUGUUGAGCCUUCCAAUUUGUUUUAUUCUUUAUUACAGUAAGUAUCACUGUAGAAUAAAAUAAUUACAGCUCUACUCCAACCUGAAGACAUGACAGGGAGAACUAGAUGUCUGUCUUGAAAACAAAUAAGCUAUUUCAGUUUGGAGAAGGCCCCUGUCAGCAUUGCAACACUUAAAUAUCACAAAUGACAAUGAGUGACUAAGACGACGUCAUUUCUUUGAGCUGGUACCACAUUAUGUUAUGAAUUAAAUUAAAACCCUGAUGUUCAGGACUGUCAAGCUUGCAUCUUUCAUGAAUAUCACAUUCACAGUUUCUCCUUUUUUUUGUAAAAAGAAUUGUUACCUUGAGCUGACUUGCUAUAAAGUGUACCUAGUUUGUUAAGGAAGCGUAGGAAAACUGAAGCCUUUCUUGUUUUACAGUGUCUCCUGAGAGUUCACUUGUAGAAAAAUAAAUCACUAAAAAAAAAAGCUACACUGCUUGAGCAUAGUAUUAUGAAAAAAUAGGCAUAUAUUCCUGGGCUUUCUAGCAAAGUACAAUUGUGAAUUAGAUUGAAAGUGUGCCUCGGUUUCUCCUUACCUUACUGCUGUCAUUGGUAUGGGUCCCUAAAAAAGAUAUGCAUCAUGGAGACUUAAAACUUUAUGAGCUAUUAGCAUCUCUAUUUGCUUUUCAACUUUCACUUUACAUGUCACUUACACUCAUGUGGAAGCUUGGAAAACCUUAUUAAUGACAACUUAUCUACUUUUGUGUGUGUAUAUCAUAAUUAAUUCUUUUACUCUGUUAGAAUAUUCAUGAAUUAUAUGAUUUAAUGUCUCAAGAAGGUCAAUAGAUUUAUUUAGGAAAUGAUGCCAAUCAUUAGUUUUCAAAAUCUCUAAGUAUCUCAGUGAAGGAAUAUUGAAAUUGAGUGUACCUGUUUUAAUUUUGUAUUUGACUCUCCCCUUUUUAUUAAAAGUAAUUAAUAGUAACACUUGCAUCUUAAAAAUGAUAUAUCAAGUCUGUUGAGAAUAGAGGAUAUUAAAAAAAAAAAAAGCACA